CUGCAAGUUCUCGAAGGACAAGGCUGUAAGUGCGAACUAGGCUGAUGAGACGUAUCUUAGCUUCACACCAAUCAGAGGGCAUGUCACUAAAGGCACUAUUGACCAACUUGAAGAACUUCGGAUCUAACAAGAAUCUAACAACAGCUUAGGAUUUCUAAUAAGGGAGACUUACCUGCGUCGAUCGGUCUGCGUACACUCGUCUGCUGGCGUCUGAAGGACCUCGACAUACUUUCAGAACUCCGUCCCUCCGACGGCGUCAUUUGAAGCUGUGAGUGUGAAGCUAAGGUUGGCAUCUCAUCAUCUUUUAUAAAUCUACCAAGUACAAUAGUAUCUCAAUCAAGCCAUCUUUGUCAUCAUUCUCACAUCUCCAGGCUCCAUCACGUCUGCGAACCUCAGUUCCGGGAACCUCACCUCUAGCAGCAAGAUCCUCUAAUCCCUUCAUGAUGGCAACCCCAAAGAAAAAGCGCACCGGCUUCCUUGACCUCCCCGGGGAGCUCCGAAACCAGAGUUACUACUACUGCUUCCACCCAGGCAACGAUCUGUCCCUCGCAACCGCGAAGACGCAACUCCGCCCCAAGCCCAUCAAAAGCAUCAAACUAUGCGUGACCUCAACCCUUGGAAGCAAAGACCGCAUCUUCCGCACCCACUGCGAUCAGGAGACCUUAGACUCUGAUGACCACACUCUCAACGGCACGACGAAAGCGCGCGGCCAAACCCUCACCCAGUCCCGCCUAAUGGGCAAGUACUUCCGGAUCCACGGCACUCACACCAAUUGGAAGACGUCCGUCCACGCCCUACUCCUCGUCAACAAGCAGAUCCACACCGAGAUCAUCCCGCUCUUCUACGCCGCAACAACCAUCCGCACCGCCUCCCCGACUCGCCUAUCAAACUUCUUCACCAACACCCCGCCCGGCGCCGCCGCCUGGGUGCGCAAGCUAGAACUCACAUACACCACCUACGGCAACGCCCACCGCGCCGACCUCGCGCACUUCAGAGCCAAGCACGUCGCCAGAUGGACCGAACUAUGCCGGCAGGCCGCGAAGCUGAUGCUAGGAUUGGAGUCGCUGCGCGUGUGGGUGCACGUCACAGCGUCGCCGCUACACCUCGACCUACGGCAAGACUGGGUGGCGCCGCUGCUGCAAUUCAGGCGGCUUACCACACCACCGAAUGCUGCUAGAAAGAAUGAAGCUGGAGGCCAUGGCACGCAGAACCCGCUACUCACGCAUAUCAAGGUUGAGCUGAGCUCGGCAUUCACGCAUCCGUUCAAGUGGGCGCAUCCAGGGCCCGAGACGGCGUGUUUCGAGCUGCAUCGGCUGUUUGGGGAGGCGAUUGGCAGGGCGAUGCGGGGGUGGAGCGAGAGGGAUGCGAUGGCGGAGUGGGAUGAGGCAUGGGAGGAGACGUAUGCUGAAUGGCAGCAUUUCCUGAAGUUUAAGGUGAUGUAUUAGGCCGGGUUGCUGUAGACACUUCGAGGGUUGUAUGGUACUGAGGGUGCUGUCUGGGACAGGAUUAAUGAAAAUCACACUUUGCACG